AUAAUAUAUAAUGUGUAAAAAUAGGUAUUACUUAAUUUAAUCUAAAGUAUUAAUAUUUUAUAUGUACAACUUGCUUAGUAAAGGUGUAAGUACGAGGCUAUCUUAUCUUAUCGCUCGCUUAAAUCAAUCAUAAAAGUAAUUCAGACUUAAUUCUACACCCGGCGGUAGUACACACUAAGUUGGAAACAUGAGGGAAAUUGUACAUGUGCAAGUUGGACAAUGUGGCAAUCAGAUAGGUUCAAAAUUCUGGGAGAUCAUCUCCGAUGAACACGGAAUCGAUCCUCAGGGUCGUUAUGUUGGUGAUUCACAACUCCAGCUAGAUAGAAUUAACGUCUACUACACUGAAGCAAGCGGUGGCAAUUAUGUUCCAAGAGCCAUCCUUGUUGACUUGGAACCUGGAACUAUGGAUUCUGCCAGAUCCGGUCCCUACGGAGCCCUUUUUAGACCAGACAACUUUGUAUUUGGACAAUCAGGUGCAGGGAAUAACUGGGCUAAAGGACAUUAUACUGAAGGUGCCGAAUUGGUAGACGCUGUUAUGGACGUUAUUAGGAAAGAAUCCGAAAGUUGCGAUUGUCUUCAAGGCUUCCAACUUGCACAUUCUCUCGGAGGUGGUACCGGUUCCGGUAUGGGUACCCUUCUUAUUGCAAAAAUACGCGAAGAAUAUCCCGAUAGAAUAAUGAAUACCUUCUCGGUUGUUCCAUCUCCCAAAGUUUCUGACACCGUUGUAGAACCAUAUAAUGCUACCCUAUCUGUUCAUCAACUAAUAGAAAACACAGAUGAAACUUAUUGUAUAGAUAAUGAAGCUCUUUACGACAUUGGUAUGCAUACUUUGAAACUGCCAUCGCCCUCUUAUGGAGACUUAAACUACUUAGUUUCUUUAACUAUGUCAGGUGUGACAACCUGUCUAAGGUUCCCCGGUCAAUUAAAUGCGGAUCUUCGUAAAUUGGCCGUUAAUAUGGUACCUUUCCCCCGUCUUCACUUCUUCGUACCUGGAUUUGUGCCUCUUACACCAAAGCAAAGUAUUAAGUAUAGAGCUUUAACUGUUGCAGAGCUUACACAACAGAUGUUUGAUGCCAAAAAUAUGAUGGCUGCAUGUGAUCCAAGGAAUGGAAGGUAUUUAACAGUUGCCACCGUGUUCAGAGGUCACAUGUCCAUGAAAGAAGUCGACGAACAAAUGUUAAGCAUUCAAAACAAAAAUAGCAGCUAUUUCGUUGAAUGGAUUCCAAACAACGUUAAGGUUGCCGUUUGUGACAUUCCCCCCAGAGGCCUGAAGAUGUCUGCCACAUUUAUAGGAAAUACCACUGCCAUUCAAGAACUGUUCAAACGUAUUUCUGAACAAUUCUCAGCUAUGUUCGCAAGAAAGGCUUUCGUACAUUGGUAUACUGGAGAAGGUAUGGAUGAGAUGGAAUUUACAGAAGCAGAAUCGAAUUUGAAUGAUUUGAUAUCUGAAUAUCAACAAUACGAAAACGCUGCAGUAGAUGACGAUGCUGAUUUUGAAGAUGACGUGGAAGAAGUCGCUGACGAAAAUUAAUAAUUCCUAAAAGUGUUCAUUUUUUAAUAAAUUUUAAAUUAUUUUAAAUAAA